AUGGAUUUGGGUCUGACAAUCCUCACCUUGACGGUUAUAACAUUUCUGACGGUCAUGGUUCUGACGGUCAUGGUUCUGACGGUCAUGGUUCUGACGGUCAUGGUUCUGACGGUCAUGGUUCUGACGGUCGUGGUUCUGACGGUCGUGAUUCUGACGGUCGUGAUUCUGACGGUCGUGGUUCUGACGGUCGUGGCCCCGACCGCGGGUUUCGUAGAGACGACCGAACCCGUGUGGCUUGCCCUUCUGGCACUGGCCGCGGUAGAAGAGGCCGGGACCUAG